UUGUCCUAAUUGGGGGUAUUCUGGAGAGAAACCCAUGUUUGGGGUUCGUGGAGUCGUCGGACAACAAAAACGCAUAAGAGAGGAAAAAACGGACAAACCAAACACACACAGUCCCAGAAAGCAAAUCUCAGUCUCCACAUACAAACACCUCCUGUUAUUUUUGGAUGAUAAUACUUGGGGCGUGAAACAGAUAAACAGCCAUGGCAGAGGGAACAGAAGUUGAGGAACGGGUGGAUCUUGACGAGGACAAUUACAUGGAAGAAAUAGAUGAUGAUGUUGAAGAUCAACUAGAUGAUGAUGAUGAUGAUGGAGGAGAUGAUAAUGGAGAUGCACAUAAUGAAGAAAAUGUUGAAGAGGACUAUGAGGACUCUAAAAAUGGGGUUAUUCAGAAAGAUCAGUCGCCGGAAAUGGAUAGAAUUCAUGUCGAUACAGAGCCUCUGGAAGAUGAAGAAAAGCCCACUGCUUCUGUCAAUGAAGAGGAAAAAGAGAAGCAUGCUCAACUUCUUGCCCUUCCACCCCAUGGUUCCGAAGUUUUCAUUGGUGGGCUUCCAAAGGAUGCAUUAGAAGAUGAUUUGAGGGAUCUCUGUGAACCCAUAGGCGAAAUUUUUGAGAUAAGGUUAAUGAAAGACAAGGACUCUGGUGAAAGCAAGGGCUUUGCUUUUGUUGCCUUCAAAUCAAAGGAGGUUGCUCAAAAGGCCAUUGAAGAGCUUCAUAGUAAGGAGUUCAAGGGGAAAACCUUAAGAUGCUCGCUUUCUGAAACCAAGAACAGAUUGUUUAUUGGUAAUGUUCCAAAAAGCUGGACAGAGGAUGAAUUUAGAAAAGUCAUUGAAGAGGUUGGUCCUGGAGUGGAAGUCAUUGAGCUGAUAAAGGAUCCUCAAAAUCCAGCCCGUAAUCGUGGUUUUGCUUUUAUAUUGUAUUACAAUAAUGCGUGUGCUGAUUAUUCAAGGCAGAAAAUGCUAAUUGCAAAUUUUAAGCUGGAUGGAAAUACCCCAACUGUCAGCUGGGCUGAUCCAAAGGGCACACCUGAUCAUUCUGCUGCUGCAGCUCAGGUUAAGGCUUUGUAUGUAAAGAAUAUACCUGAGAACACUACUAUUGAGCAAUUGAAGGAACUAUUCCAGCACCAUGGGGAAGUGACGAAAGUUGUUAUGCCACCUGGCAAAGCUGGAAAACGAGAUUUCGGGUUCAUUCAUUAUGCGGAAAGGUCAAGUGCAUUGAAGGCUGUGAAAGAUAAUGAGAAAUAUGAAAUUGAUGGCCAAGUGUUGGAAGUUGUCCUUGCCAAGCCUCAGGCUGAUAAAAAACCUGAAGGGCUUCAUCCUUACACGGCUGGGCUUCAUCCGAACCAGGUGACACAUCCUUCAUAUGGUGGGUUUGCCGGAAGUCCAUAUGGCUCUUUAAGUGCUGGAUUUGGUGUUACCGCCAGUUUUCAGCAGCCAGUUAUAUAUGGAAGGGGUCCAAUGCCAGCAGGGAUGCAUAUGGUGCCAAUGGUUCUACCAGAUGGUCGAAUUGGUUAUGUUCUUCAGCAGCCUGGAGUACAGAUGCCACAACCGCGGCCUAGGAGAGUCGAUCGUAGCAAUGGUCCAAGUGGGCCUGCGCGAGCUGGAAGCAGUGGGGACGAUGGCAAUCGUAGCAGAAGGUAUCGCCCCUAUUAGUGUUAGAGGUGUAGAGAUGUGCCAUAGUUUUUGUUAGGGAAUGAAGAGAUUGUAGUUGGGGAACUUGUUGUCGUGAACAAAAUAACAGAGCCUUCACCCCCUUUUUUCUCCCCCAUCCCAAAACACUCAAAACUUUAAAAAGGAAAAAAGAAUGAAAAGAGGAAGAAAACAGGAUGUUAGAAUUAGGAAUAUGAAGUAUUUUGUGACUUUGAUGUGGUAGGAGACGAUUGACAGUUAGUAAUUAUCCUAUAUUAUUGUUUUAUUUAUUUGCA